GCGGGGACCCUCGCUCACUAGACGCUUCGCACCGCUGAGUGCAGUCCACACAGCGAGUGCUUGCUGACGUUGAGCGACAGGCGAACGACGGAGGCCUGACGACGCCAUGACCGCGCCCUCAUUGUCGUGGGUCCUCGUCACUGCGUUGACGGGCUUUGGAGUACUGCCCGCUACGUUGACGACAGGGGCAGUUUUCUGGCGAUUGGAGGGAGAUUCUCAAGAGCAAACACGGCCCCGUUCUCCUGCACAGAGGUGCUUGGCGCUUCGACUUCGACGACAACGAGUUCACCUUCAGUGCAGCACUAUCCGGGAAUGAAACUUGCCUUGCGGCCAUUGCUGGAAAUGUCCACAAAGUUCUGCCAGUGGGACGAUUCCAGCUCGAGUAUGACUUUUUCGGACAGCCCGUUCGAGAGACACUGGCUGUGGUCGCGACGGACUACGGGAGUUACGCGAUUCUUCACCGCUGCGGGCAGCAGGGGGACGAAGCGGACAAUUCGGUCUGCGCGCCGGACGCGACUCACGUGGCAGUGCUUGCAAGACACGUACUUGAGGAGGACACCUCGAGGGACAUCAGCCGCCAUCUGGAGAGUGUGUGUGUUCCGAGCUCAGUGCUCGAGUCGCACGAGUUUGACGAAGCGUGCCCUCUACCAUCUGCAGAAGAUCCAAGCUUGACAGAAGUUCCGUCAGGUAGGGAAAUGUGCUUCCUCGAUCCAAAGAAGGGCUUCUGCGGUGACCAGCAGACAAUAUACUACUACGACCGGCAUUCACGGAGUUGCAAAUCGUUCUUAUUCUCUGGCUGCGGAGGGAACGAGAACCACUUCCUGACGCAAGAAGAGUGCGUGGAGCGGUGCGAGAAGCCCUUAGAAGAUGCUCGUGCUCAGUCCGCAGAAUCUGAGGCCACUAAUUGCCCUGACCUCUCGGCGUGCGGGCUAGCCUGUCCUCGCUGCUGCAAGCGCCAAGAGGAAGACGGCUGCAUUGUGUGCAACUGCCUCGCAUCUGAGAUGGACACUCGGCUUACGGAGGUCAACUGUCUUACAACACCCGAGCAGUGCCCGGCUGAUUGCCAGAGCAGAGAGGCUUCGGAGUCCUGCUUUGCCUGCGAAUGUGCAACUUCGGAAGGCGCUGUGCAACCGGCUCUAGAGCACACAACUAUUCAGCUCCCAGUAUCUUGCCCAGUGACCUGCGUAAAGCAAAUGUCAAGCCGAGGUGUGCCCAGGUGUCACUGCCCGUCGCACGGCGUCUGCAAGCUGCCACUUAAGGAAGGAAACUGCAAUGCGAAGAUUCCGCGCUAUUUUUUUAACGUCACCUCCGGGUUCUGCGAUGUGUUCACGUACACUGGUUGCGAUGGCAACGAGAAUAACUUCGCUUCGCAUGAAGACUGCCUGGCCGAGUGUGAAGAUCCUUGCCGCCUGCCUAUGGACCCUGGGAGUUGCAACAACGACACGAAGGAGCGGUACUACUACAAUUCACAGACGGGACUGUGCGAGAUGUUUGAGUACGGCGGUUGUGAAGGGAAUGAGAAUAAUUUUGCCGAAUUGGAGACGUGCAAAAUGCGUUGCGAAGACGUGUGCGCGAAGCCCCUGGACCCUGGACCAUGCUACGCGUAUCUGCGCCGCUUCUACUACGACAAAAGCCAGGACCGCUGCCUGCCGUUCAUCUUCGGAGGCUGCCUCGGCAACCGAAACAACUUCUACACCAGCGCCCAGUGCAAUCGUCACUGUCGCUCUCGCAUCACUGAAGAUGGCACGCUCGUAAUGGACAGGGCGAUGUGCCAUUUGCCACUUCAAGAGGGCCUCUGCAACUCCUCCAGUGGUGACGACGCAGUUGCAAAGGCGCCGGAGAUCCGCUUCUACUACGAUGCGCUGAAGGAGGAGUGCGUACCGUUCAAUUACCACGGAUGCGGUGGCAACGACAACAAUUUCCGCACUCUGGGCGGCUGCAACCUGACCUGUUUUGGUGUCCAUAUCAUCAUUGCCAAAACGUCCGCCAGCUGUCCGGAGUCCAUAGAGUGCAGCUGCGGUAACCUCGUAGAGGAGGAAGAAGGCGGGUGCAAAGUGUGCGACUGCUCGAACAAUGCUUCCAAAAAUGUGAGUGUCACGGCUCUGCUUGGAUCCCAAGUGAUGCAGCAAGGGUGUGCUCAAAGCACUUUGUCAACGGCGAAAAGAGCAACAUUGCUGCACAUCCAGGCUACUACCCUACCAUUUUUCCAGUUGUCUACUAGUCCUGUGGACGCAGAAAGAGCACUGUCAAGACAUGAACGAUGGAAGAGAAGGGCAUCUGCUGCAAGGCCGGAAAAUCCUCAACACUCAAGUUCCCUGAGCACGACUGAAGCAGAUCUUGGCGACAGUGAGGACACUGCUACCUCCAGUGCUUGUGCAAAUGGCUUGGAGCUGCUCUACACUGCCGCUGCAUUGGUACAAGAACGAACUGCAGACCAGGUAGGGCCUUGCCUGCCAGACUGA